UGGACGUGCACCUGAGAGCCGCCGCCCGGGUACUCGCGCUGAGCUUGCUGUCGCUGCCGCCGGCGCCAUGCAUCGCUUCAAGGUGUCCAAGUUCCGGCACAUGGAGGCCCGGCUGCCCCGCCGCGAGGCCUGGAUCAAUGACAUUCGAGCAGGAACCACCCCCUCAUGCGGGAACCAAAUCAAAUCGAGCUGCAGUGUGAUUGCGUUUAACUCCGACCGUCCAGGUGUGCUGGGCAUCGUGCCUCUGGAUGGCCAGGGAGAGGACAAGAGACACGUGACCCACCUGGGCUGCCAUUCAGACGUGGUCACGGACUUGGAUUUCUCUCCCUUUGAUGACUUCCUCCUGGCCACAGGCUCAGCAGACAGGACGGUGAAGCUGUGGCGGCUGCCAGCCCCAGGCCAGGCCCUGCCCACGGUCCCUGGGCUGGUGCUGGGGCCGGAGACCCUCCAGGUGGAGGUGCUGCAGUUCCAUCCCACCGCCGACGGCGUCCUGGCGAGCGCAGCCGGCGUGGCUGUGAAGGUCUGGGACGUGGCCAGGCAGCAGCCCCUCACAGAGCUGGCAGCCCACGGGGACCUAGUGCAGAGCACCGUGUGGAGCCGGGACGGUGCUCUCCUGGCCACAGCAUGUAAGGACAAGCAGCUGCGGGUCUUCGACCCCAGAGCACAGGCCGAGGCCUCGCAGAGCACACAGGCCCACGAGAACUGCAGGACCAGCCGGCUGGUGUGGACAGGCACCCAGGAGCACCUCAUGUCCACAGGGGCCAACCAGAUGCGGGAACGUGAAGUGAAGCUCUGGGACACCCGGCACCUCUCCAGCGCCUUGGCCUCCCUGACCCUGGAUACCUCACCUGGGUCCCUGAUGCCCCUGCUGGAUCCAGACUCUGGGCUUCUUAUCCUGGCAGGAAAGGGUGAGAGUCAGCUGUUUUGCUACGAGGUGGCCACGCUGCAGCCGGCACUGAGCCCAGUGAACCAGUGCAUCCUGGAGAGCACCCUGCGGGGGGCAGCCCUUGUGCCCCGGCGCGCACUGGCUGUCCUCAACUGCGAGGUGCUCCGUGUCCUGCAGCUGAGCGACACGGCCAUCAUGCCCAUCAGCUACCGUGUGCCCCGCAAGGCUGUGGAGUUCCAUGAGGACCUGUUCCCAGACACCACAGGCUGCGUGCCUGCCUCUGAGCCCCAGGCCUGGUGGGCUGGGAGCAACCAGCAGGUACAGAGGGUCAGCCUCAACCCAGCCCGCCGGCCCCACAACAGCUUCACGUCCCCUCUGCUGCCCCCCAUGGAGCUGCCCCCUGUCCCUGCACAGCUGGUGGAGAUGCUGGUGGAAGACACAGACCCCAGUGAGGGCUUCUCCUCCCCGCCCAGCUCGCUGGCCUCACCCUCCACACCCUCCAGCCUGGGCCCCUCACGCUCCAGCACCAGCGGCAUUGGCACCAGCCCCAGCCAGAGGUCACUGCAGAGCCUGCUGGGUCCCAGCUCCAAGUUCCGCCAUGCCCAGGGCACCGUCCUGCACCGAGACAGCCACAUCACCAACCUCAAGGGGCUCAACCUCACCACGCCCGGCGAGAGCGAUGGCUUCUGUGCCAACCGACUGCGUGUGGCAGUGCCCCUGCUCAGCAGCGGUGGGCAGGUGGCUGUGCUUGAGCUGCGGAAACCUGGCCGCCUGCCCGACUCCGCACUGCCCACGCUGCAGAAUGGGGCGGCCGUGACCGACCUUGCCUGGGAUCCCUUUGACCCGCAUCGCCUCGCUGUGGCCGGGGAGGAUGCCAGGAUCCGACUGUGGCGGGUGCCCCCAGAGGGCCUGGAGGAGGUGCUCACCACGCCCGAGGCCACGCUCACAGGCCACAGGGAGAAAAUCUACUCCCUGCGCUUCCACCCGCUGGCAGCCGAUGUGCUGGCCUCCUCUUCCUAUGACCUCACCAUUUGCAUCUGGGACCUACAGGCCGGAGCUGAGCGGCUGAGGCUGCAGGGCCACCGGGAACAGAUCUUUGGCCUGGCCUGGAGUCCAGAUGGGCAGCAGCUGGCCACUGUCUGCAAGGACGGGCGCGUGCGCGUCUAUGAUCCCCGGAGUGGCCCCGAACCUCUGCAGGAAGGCCCAGGGCCUGAGGGGAGCCGCGGAGCCCGCAUUGUCUGGGUGUGUGAUGGCCACUGUCUGUUGGUAUCCGGCUUUGACAGCCGCAGUGAGCGCCAGCUGCUGCUGUAUGCACCCGAGGCCCUGGCGGGGGGCCCCUUGGCCGUGCUGGGCCUGGACGUGGCUCCCUCGACACUGUUGCCCAGCUACGACCCGGAUACGGGCCUGGUGCUCCUCACGGGCAAGGGUGACACCCGCGUGUUCUUGUAUGAGCUGCUCCCUGAGGCCCCUUUCUUCUUGGAAUGUAACAGCUUCACAUCACCAGACCCCCAUAAGGGCUUCGUCCUCCUGCCCAAGACAGAGUGUGACGUGCGGGAAGUGGAGUUUGCCCGAUGCUUGAGGCUCCGCCAGACCUCCCUGGAGCCCGUGGCCUUUCGACUGCCCCGAGUCAGGAAAGAGUUCUUCCAGGAUGACGUGUUCCCAGACACAGCCGUGAGCUGGGAGCCUGUGCUCAGUGCUGAGGCCUGGCUGGGAGGUGCUAAUGGGCAGCCCCGGCUCCUCUGUCUACAGCCCCCCGGCAUGACCCCAGUAAGCCAGGCCCCACGUGAGGCCCCUGCCCGGCGAGCCCCCUCCUCAGCACUCUACCUGGAAGAGAAGUCAGACCAGCAAAAAAAGGAAGAGCUGCUGAACGCCAUGGUGGCAAAGCUAGGGAACCGGGAAGACCCACUCCCACAGGACUCCUUUGAGGGUGUGGACGAGGACGAGUGGGCCAAGUACCUGGCCCAGAUCAUUGUGAUGGGUGUGCAGGUGGUGGGUAGGGCCUUUGCCCGGGCCCUACGGCAGGAGUUUGCAGCCAGCCGGGCAGCAGCUGACGCCCGUGGACGCGCCGGCCACCGUUCUGCUGCUGCCUCCAACCUCUCCGGCCUCAGCCUCCAGGAGGCCCAGCAGAUUCUCAACGUCUCCAAGCUGAGCCCUGAAGAGAUCCAGAAGAACUAUGAACAUCUGUUCAAGGUGAACGACAAAUCUGUGGGUGGCUCCUUCUAUCUGCAGUCCAAGGUGGUCCGUGCAAAGGAGCGCCUCGAGGAGGAACUCAAAAUCCAGGCCCAGGAGGACAGAGAGAAAGAGCAGGUGCCCAGGACGUGACCGCCAUGCUUCCCACCCCACCCUUCUAAUUUAUAGUUCUGUAAUAAAGGUCGUUUCUG